GAAGUUUGGGUGUUCUCAAAACAACGAAUAUUUCCUAAUAAACUUGAAAUAACAUUUAUCUAAAGAGUUUAAUUAGAUCGAAUCUUGUUUGAUAAAAGCUAGAAAUAUGGAUGAAGACGAUCCAAUAAUUGAAGAGAUUCCGGUUUAUCUGUCAAAAAGUCUUGCUAAAAAUCUAUUUGUUAUUCAGUUUCCUAUUAAGAAUAAAAUAUACAAUAUCGACAAAUCCUCAGUGUCAAAUUGUUGUGUUAAGCCAGUAAGCCAACAGAUAAAAAUCGAUUUUAAAGUCGAUACAGCAUCAAAGAAUUAUGACGCUUUUAAAGGAAAAAUGUUGGCUGAAGUUGCUGAUGGAAAUCGUGCCACAAACAGUAACAAUAAAAAUGAACAUCCUUCCUUUGAGUCAGGCAGAAUGGACAAAGUGAGUUUUGUGAGUUCUGUCUCAGUUCAAAAUCCUCGCUAUGCUUUAGGAAUGAUGAUGGAUAAAGAACUUCAUUUAGUACCAGUUAAAACAUUUUAUCAAAUGAGACAAAAUUAUUUGUACUUCGACAAAGGUGAUAAACGUACAAAAGCAGAACAGAAAGCAGAAAAUGGCUCAGAUGAUGAAACUGAAGAUUUAAAGCAAGUCACAGUGAAGUUUGCUCGUUCUGGUGAUGCAGAAAAAAUUAAAAAGGCACGAGAGAGAUCAUAUCACUACAUUUCUCAUAUUGGUGCUGAUGAACCUUGGUGCGAAGCUCUAAUUUACUCAAACAAGUCUUCACAAGCAGAGAUUGAACGUCAGAAAAUUCCACUGUCACAUAAUGCAAUUGAUGGACAUUUCACCAGCAUCAAACCAAAUGAAUAUUUUGCAGAUUUAAUUAGCGAUCAUGUCACUUUAAAUGCAACGAAUCUUGCAGCUUCUGCUUUGGACACAAAUGAAGAGCAAAGUGAAAGUAAAUGUCAGACAAUACACGUUCCCAUCAGUAAGAAGCAAAUUAAGAAACUUCCUUUACUUGAUCAAAUCAAAAUAUUUCUCAAAGAUGCAAAACUUCUUCCUUUCAAUCAACUUAUGGAGAUGCUUUCCAAUCCUAACAUUUCAAUCGAUAAGACUCUUCGUAGUCUCGCAUUAUGCGGUGUUAUGAUUCGUGGGAAUUGGACACUUCAAUCUGAAAUUCUCUACCCUGAAGGCUUUGUGUCUUUAAUUAAUGGCGUGUCAUCAGAGCUGAUGUGUCGUGGUCGUGAUUAUAUUAUUUAUAAACUUUUGAAAAAUGAAAUGACAACAUUAAAUCGACAAAAAAUUUCGAUAGUAACGCAACUUCCACAAGAAGAGACAAAAGAAAUUCUUGAAUCACUGGCAUGUGUCAAAUUUACAGAUAAAGGAAAAGUGUGGGAUUUACUUAAGCAACCAGAUUAUGACUUUGAAAAACGACAUCCAGAAAUCGUUCAAAGACAAGAUGCGUUCUGGAAAGCGCAAGAAGAAAAAUUCCUCGAAAUGGAAGCUGAAAAAAAUGAAAAACGAACCCGAAAAAAGUCUGUACGUGAAACAAAAGCGUAAAUUUUGUAAUAAAAAAAAAUUUUAUGAAAAUUUAUUGAAAUAAAAAGAAAAUUUUAUUUAAUUUACAAGAGAUUUUGUCGAUUGAAAAAUGUCAUCGUAAACUGUCUCUCGAUUUGAUUUUGUAAUGUGAAAAGUUCGAGACUUUGGAUGUUGCUUGAGUUUGUCGAUAAGUUUUAAUGGAGUUUUUAGUGGGACAGUUGCAAUAACUCGGAAAUUACUAUUUGAGCAUAUAAGAUUAUUUAUAAAUAUUUCAAACUUUCUACUCAGUAAUUCCAUCUUGCCAAUCUCAUCGAUAACCAGCAAUGACGUAUGAUCAGAUUGUUUCACUUCUCUGAAGAUGAAAUCUUCAAACUCUUGAACGUAAACGAUGUAUUUUCCGACUUUGUAAUUCAUUCCCGCUCUUGGUUGAUUAUUUUUUGAUAUUUCUGAAUUAGUUCUUGAUAAUAUUCCUCGAUUUCCUUCUAAAGAAACCACAUCAAAUCCUAUUCUUUCACCUUUCUCAUCUCUUACUUCUUCCGUGUAGAAACCUUGAAGACUCAACGACUGCACUUUUGUUCUGAGAUCUUUGAUGAUCUUUUGAACGAUCGUUGUUUUGCC